CACAUCCGUCCUGCCUGCCACGCUCCCAUGCUCUCUGUUCUGAGACAGAUGCGCAUGCGCGGAUGCUCAUCGAAUCGACCCGUCGGAUCGCCGUUGUCGUGGACUACAGAUCAUACAUACAGUCCUCGCGUGUUCCGUCCGACAAUGACGGUGGUGGACUGCAGGCCAAACGGUCGGCAUGAAGCCGCGCCGACUCCGACUGCCAAUCGACGCCGAGAAGCUGAUGACGAUCGUGAUAAUGAGACCAUUGGUGAGACCGCGGGAACGAUGAUGAGGAGGCGGAGGCGGACUAUGAUGAUGAUGAUGGCGGACAAUCGUCAGCAGACCAAGGGUGCCGCCGAAAUUCCAGGGCGUUUGCGUGCCAUUGUCGCCGAUUGUCGUCGUCUGAACUCUCUUCCCUCCUUGUUGCGCGGCGGUCAUCCAGGGUCCACAGGUGAGAAACUCCCUCAUCUCAUCAUCAGCGUUCCCUUCAACUGCGCCCCGAUUGCGGCCGACGGCGCCAAAGAGAGCCACCUGUGCCACCAAUCGCGGUUGGUCUGACUCAUGAUUGCGAUUGUGGUACAGGACAAUACUGCUCGUCAACUACGCAGCCGGGCGACACGCUUGUAUGAUGAAUCCACCGUCAAGGGAGAUUCUUGUUAUCUCUGAUUUGGGCGACUAUCUUUCACUAUCAUACCCAAGUCCUUGUCACUUCUACUUCUUCUAAAUUAGUCAAAUUGCUCCCGCUCGCAAUCUUGUA